AUGGCCUCCUUCACGACUACUCCCCACAACAUCCCCGUUCAGCUACCAAAUGGCCUCUCAGAAGACCAGCUCAAGUCCUUCAAGCCAUUCACGACCUGGCUCGACACCCUCACCAAGUCCCUCGCACUGCAGGCAGACAAGUCUCACCCGUUCCACCCCGAUCCAUACGCCUUGCGCAACGUCACCGUCCAGUCCUAUGAUCUAUUUGGUGGUGGCCGCCUCGGCUUCAUCAAGCUCACGGCGACCGUGUCAAAUGCAGCAGGCGAGACGCUCCCCGCAGCAGCUCUCCUGCGCGGGCCCAGCGUCGCCAUGCUGGUCAUGCUCGUGCCGGACGACGUUCCUCCCGAGUCAGACGAGCGCUACGUCGUCUUGACAGUGCAGCCGCGCAUCCCCGUGGGCAGCCUGAGCUUCGUCGAGCUGCCCGCGGGCAUGGUGGACGGAUCGGGCAACUUCAAGGGCGUGGCCGCGAAGGAGAUUGAGGAGGAGCUCGGCAUCACCAUUCACGAGGACGAACUGACGUGCCUUAGCGACCUGGCCGCGGAUGCAGCUGCGCAGCAGCAUCGGGAAACAGCGGCAGCUGGACAAGGCGAGAAUCUGGCGGCAGCCAUGUAUCCGAGCGCGGGGGGAUGCGACGAGCAUAUCACCAUCUACAUAUUCGUCUAUUCGUUUCCAUGGUCAUUAUAG